UACUGAACGUCCGGACGAAUUCCUGCAAGCCCUCUGAUUGGUAUAGAUGGCUGCAUCCUGGAGCGCCCAGAUGAGGCACCCAGCGCAAGACGCCCCGCUAGCCGAAAGGGCUCUAGCGUUUCGUGUCCUUGUUGAUUGCUUGUCACCACUUGACUUCUCUGCUGUCUCACCUGCGACUUUCACAAAUUUCCAAACGACUACAGCAAACAUCUUUUGUAUUCAUCGUCGAUUCCACUUUUGCUCACUCAUUUCAACGCUAUCAAAAUGUCCACGUCGACGUUUCUAUCGAUGCCUGGCGAGAUUCGCAACCGCAUCUACAAAUACUGUAUCGAACCAAAAGCUAUACAGAUCCCUCGCAUGCCUAAGCGCUCAAAGAACCCCUACGAACAUGCCCGCUGCGGACUGUACGGAAGCCUGCGCAACGUGUGCAGGCAAACACGCGCGGAAUUCGGACCCAUGUACAUGGCCAAGACGGUCCUUGUUAUCCACCAGGUCACCGCGAAUGAGUUCCUAUAUUCUUUCUACCCCGAAUUGAGGAAACAACAAUUAGUUGCUAGCGAACAGCUUCAGCGCGACCGCCCGACCGACAAGCUCCCUGUGUCGACUGGCGUUCCUGGCGUGCAAGGCAACAUCCAAAUCAUCACGUACUUCGGCCUCCGAUACGACGCAACACCACUGGUACGUCUUUGUACAAUGCAUCCCGCCUUCAAAGUCGCUUUCAAAGAUGCUAGCGCGUGUCUGCAUCUCGCUUCCUCAGUCAGGAACUUCUUCGUCACAAUCUCGUCCGGCGCUUUUCGUCCGCACUUGAAGCGUGUACUUGAAAGGAUCGAGAUUAUCUGCAGUACCGUACCUCAGAUUUGGUUUACUUUCCACUCCAGUAAUGUAAUGGAAAAAUUCAUGGCGCGUGUCGGGAAGUUGGAUCCACGGCAAGCUCUGAUUGAGAUGGGUGCGCCGCCCAUGGAUACGUUUGCUGUUGUCUUCACGGAUUGUACUGGAAGUGUGGAUAAGCGCUCCGAUCCGCAGGCUUGAUUCAGACAUUACUUUACGUCCAGCGCCUUCGUACCGGCGUCCAAAGAUAUCUUCGUCGCAUAUAGGUUAGCAGUCUGGAUUGUGUCCCCAUCGAGGUUCCGAUUUUGCAAAAGAACGUGGUUUCCUAAAAGCAUGUACCAAUUCCCAAACAGUCAAGCGCGUUUGCACCCUGAUUACGU